CCUGACUGCACCUCCCCCUCACUCACAGGAAGAGCCCCCCAGCCCAGCCAGACUGGCAGCUGAACUCUCCAAUGGGUGUGCUAGUGCAGCCUGUCCAGCCCUGCUUUACUGAGUUCUGUGUGGGGCAACAGGAGACAGAGAUAUCCAAGGGACACAGACAGGCUGAAAGAGACAAGCAAUAGAUGGGACUGGAGACAGAAGGAAAGUCAGAGCGAGCCUGCCUUACAGACAUCAGGGGAGACAGACAGACAGUGGUGGAGACAGACAGAGCAGGAGAGAGGUGGGCAGGGUUCCCCACUCACACUAUGGAGUUCCUGGCUGGAUAAAUGCUUGGGAGUAUAAGAUGUGCAUCUUGGCAUCAUGUCUUAGCCGGUUGAUUGUGAUUCUGGCAGUAAUCUCUGUGUCAUCCAGUUCAUCUAAAUGGGGAGAGGAAGGAGUCGAGUAUGGAAGAAUUGGAGGCAGUGUCACUUUAAUGUGCAGCAAUACAAAUGAAAGUUCUGUGGCAGAAUGGAGGUUCAACGGAGCUCCGGAUAUACCCUGGGGCUUCUUCACUGAUCAUGGGCACCUAGAGAUUCCAAACAUUGAGAUCUCAGCCAUGGGGAACUACAGUUGUCAUAACCAGUCUGGCGGUCUCCUGUCUUCUGUGCUUCUGAGAGUGGGGUAUGCUCCUGGGCUGCUGUCUGUUUCCUGCAGAGCCUCAGAUUACUAUAACUUUUCCUGCUAUUGGAAGUCCAGCGUGGAAACAUUUCUGCCAACGAGAUACUUUGCAUCUUACAGGAGUAACAAUCACGUUACUGGGACCUGCCUGCAGGAAGCUCUGCGACCCAACAUGUGCUCGGUGAGAGAGUCUCAGCCUUGGAGCAUUUACCAGAUGAACAUCACGGAAACCAAUCCCCUUGGAUCCAGCAUCCGCAUCAUUGAAUUCACUGUGCAGUCCAUUGUUAAACCAGAUCCUCCUGAAAAGCUGAUGGUUGAACCUGUUCCUUUUGUCCCCAAACGACUCCGUGUAAGUUGGAUUUAUCCGUCCACCUGGCCAUGGGAGCCUCAAUUCCAGCUCAGAUUCCGGCUGCAGUACCGUCCUGUCCUUCAUCAGUCCUGGUCGGUGGUGGAGACCGUUAACCUGACAGAUGUUAUCACAGAUGCGUUUGCUGGUGUAGAACAUGUGAUCCAAGUCAGCGCCAGAGAUUUCCUCGAUGCUGGAAAUUGGAGUGAAUGGAGCCCAGAAGUCAGAGCCACACCAUGGACCAGUCCUACAACAAAGGCCAGCGAAGAAACCACUAUAUCAGAGAUCGAGUCUGAACCGGAAGAGCCAAUUAAUCGCGAUGACCCAUGGGAAAAAGUGGCUAUUUUGAUCUCCUUUGGAGUUUUAGCUUUUGUUGUUUUGGUACUUUUUCUGAUUAUCGGUGUCCUCAUCUGGGUUUUCGUAGGAAGAAAAGGAAAAGAGAGUGGUAUUAAGAUGAAUUUCCUGGCGGCCAUACACAUGAAAGCAUUACCAAAAACACAGAUUUUGUAGUCAUCUUACAACGGGCAAGUUAUCCGCAACAAUAAAACAAGGUCAGAUGAAGCCUAAAGGGUCAAUCAGAUCCCGUUCUGCACAGGAGCUUUCACUCUAUUUGCUGGGUCAGGAACAGAUGUGAAAGAAUUUUCACCAGAAGACAUUGAAAGGUUUGCUUAUCGGACUCUGGGUCUGGUGCAGGUUAGCUUGACAGUGGAUCCAAAACUGAUUUGUUCAGUCGGAAUCUUCUGGUCCAUUUCUUCAGAUUAAAGGAGGUAACUACCAGAGCCUGAAGAGAACGGUUGGCAGUCUGUGUGCCGUAGGGAUGGGUGGCAAUAAACACAUUGCUACUAUUGGAUAUUGAUUCUUUACACAGAACUCUAUCGCCAUCAAACGCAUGAUAAUGGUCUCUUACACUUCAGGAUGGCUUGAACAGAAUCUAUCAACAUGCUCAGAAUGGACGGUGUUUAAACAGAUAACAGAUAGAUCCUCGUCAGGACAUUUAUCUUAAUGUUUAGCUUCUCACCUCUAUACAGGUGUGUGCAUUGUACAUAUAAAUAUAUAUAUAUAAAAUAUCUGAGCAGUUAUUAAAGCUAAACAAGACAAUGCCGAACUGCUUUUCACACGGUUAUAAUACCUGAACAUAAAGACACAUUGGAGAGCUACUAGAGUGGUCACGUAAUUUU